AUGGUUACGCGGAGACGGUUAUCACGGUUGAUUAGAAGUUUCGCCGAACUCAAGGGUGGAAACAAAAUGGCCUACACCAGGAGAAGGGAUAAAAAUCACCUCUGCUUUCUUCAUGUUGGAGCACAGGAUAUGGAUUUACUUCGUAGGAAAACUAUCCAAAUCAACCUUGUAAGAAUUCCUCCACAACUCAAGGAGCUAGCUUCAAGGAUCCCUGAGAACUCUCCAUUCACCGAGAGACAUGGUCGUCUACUCAACUUGGUCACCUCCAACACAGAGGAGGAUAUGAUGAAGGUUCUCUUCCAGUUCUUUGAUCCUUUGCAUCAUUGCUUCACAUUUCCUGACUAUCAACUUGUGCCUACUUUGGAGGAAUUUUCUCAAAUCUUGAGGAUUCCUAUUCUCAAUCAACUUCCUUUCAAUGGUAUGGAAAGAGAUCCAAAGCUAGAAGAGAUUGCUCAAGUCUUGCACUUGCACUCAUCUGAUGUCACAACUCAUUGGCAAAUUAGAAGUGGUGUCAAAGGCUUCUUGGUAAAAUUUCUGUUUGAGAAAGCCCAAAGCUGUUGGAAUUCCCUAGACUUGCAAGCUUUUGAGGAGAUUGUAGCUCUUCUCAUCUAUGAGAUGGUCUUGUUCCCCAAUCCUGACCAACUCAUAGAUACGAGCGCCGUCAAAAUCUUCAUGUCACGCAACUCGGUGCAUACAUUGCUUGGGGAUAUCUUACACUCUUUUCACACUCGCACAAUGAGGAAAAGAGGUGUUCUUAUGUGUUGCACUCCUCUCCUGGAAAGAUGGUUUAUUUAUCAUCUUCCCCAAUCAGUCUUAAAGAAUGAGCAAGGUUUGAGGUGGUCACAAAGGUUAAUGACGCUUAAACAUUCAGAUAUUCAUUGGUGCUCUCGAUCCAAAGAGAAUGUUAUCAUUGUUGACCGUUGUGGGGAAUUCCCUAAUGUCCCUCUACUUGGCAUUAGGGGAGGCAUCACCUACAACCCCUGCUUGGCUCUAAGACAGUUUGGUUAUGCCCGAAGGGAUAGCCCAUAUGAUAUGCUGAUUCAAGGUUUGGUUUUUGACUAUGACAACGACGAUCAAGGACUUCGCCAGAGAUUCAUCCGAGCUUGGAAGAUGCUAAACAAGGUGGAUAGCAAGACUUUGAGACACAAGAAUUCCAUCCCUCUUGAGCCUUACCUCAAGUGGGUACGAACCCGCGCUCAAAGUAUUAUGAUGCCUUAUCCUUCCAUUCUCCCAGUGAUUAUUGAGCCUGUUAAGGAGGGAGAAGUUCCAUACACUAUCUUACAUCCUGACAUGCCUACAUCACUCGAAGACCUACAAAGGGAUUGGAUACAGCUCAAAGGAGAGCGCGAUACUUUCGAAGCCCAAUUCUACGCAAGCGAGAAGAAGGUUUUGGAACUCACUCGGCUACUUCAUGAAGAGCAGACUCUAAAUACCUACAUUGCACCAAAAAGGAUGCGCAAUAUCUUUUUACCUUAG